CAAGAACAAGAAGUUUCCAAAUUUGUUGCAUUUUUGUUUUUGAAGCAAGGCAAUGUGCACUCGCCUGUACUACGUUGUAGAGAACUUGUUGCAUGAUUUUGAAUCUAUAUUAAGUUUUUCUAGUUUUGAUUUUGUGUCGCGUCCGGUGAGAAAGAGAAUGAAGAAGUGUCGAGUCGCGCUUUCUUUCGUGGUAUGGACCCACUGGCUGGUCGAGGGGGCGUUUCAAGUGGAUCAACGGCGGCGCCAAAUGCCAUGGUUGAAUCGCGAAAGAAACAACACGUUCCUGGCAAAUCGGCGAGGUCGACAGCCACAGCCUGCCCAACAGGGACCGAAUGCUCCACAGACAAUGCCAUGGCUAAGCCCAGACUACAAUGCAGCAGGCGGGAGUGCAGCAGUGCCGCAAACGCGCCUUGACCUCGUAUCACAGGCCCAGCUGCAGCAGACGCAGCCGUGGUUGAAUAAUGAGAACUCGAUCGCCUACGGAGCAGAACACCAACAUCAACAGCAGCACCAAUUCUCGAGAUCUGCUGAUGCAGGCACCGGAGGUGUCCACAGCGGUCAUCAUCAUGGUCAAUACGCUCCGAUGCAGCUGCAUCUUCCAAGUGAUAAUCCAAAUGCUGGCGCUUCGUCUUCCUCAUCCUCAGGACCACGCCUUCUUCGUGGUUGGGGACCCAAUCCGGUGCAGCCACAAAUUCUCACUCGCAGCGGAUCGAACCUGCGGAACAUCGACGAAACGGGGGCGCUUCAACAUGACGACGAUGAUCUUGGCGCUCCUGUACCGCAGUCUCCACGGGGAUCGCAGUACUCAAACUCGGGAGAAAUGACAUGCGCGAUCUGUUUAGGGACUGUUGCAGAGAACCGGCAAGCGGCCUGGGCACAGCUGCCUGGGUGCCUACAUAGCUUUCAUCUCGACUGCGUCCGCAAUAUUGCAAAAGUGACUUAUGACAGGCUUUUACUUAAUGCGGUGAUGCUAAAGUUAAUUGAUACCGAUAGAUACCUUCGACUACAUGAGAGUACACUCUUUCGAUUCUUCCUAAAGGCUUUCCGCAUUACCCGUACGCGUACGUCACUCAAAGACUAGGACCGCUCCUUUUGCUAGCGAACAUGAACAACAAUACAAUCUAAGCAACAACCGAUGGUCAGAUUGAGGGCUUCAAUACCACUACUGGCCAGAUUCCAGGGGAGCCAGUACGGCCUUGCCCAUUGUGCCGUAACGCGAUGACAGCGGAAGACUGUCUAGAUAUUGCCGACUGGGUACGAGCUGAAAAAGACCGUCAAAAUAGGCUACAAGUUAACGGGCGCAACCUCUUGGGAACCAGCGGGGAAAGCCUCCGGCAACUGGCAUCAUCAACUUAUGAUAUGUGCUUAGUGGGAGUGGGUCAAGUCCUGGGAUGCUAGUACCGUUGUUAGUAUAUUUUCACACAAGCUGUGGCAGUUGCACUCUCCUAGUCAUAUGUUGGUCGCGUGUGACUUCCGUCUAACUAUAAUCUGAUUUCGUUCUCGAGCGAUUCACAUUCAGCUAUGGAGUAUGUAUCAUGACCUGCACAUCACUUUGGCUAGUCUAAUUUUCGGGGUCGCUGGGUCGUCUAGCGUCUUCCACGGGUUCCUUGCGAGACCUGGGGUCAUCAGGCGACAAUCUGAAUGAAUUGGAUGUGUACCAGCGGGCCGCAGAUGCCCCUGCGGAUGAGCGGCGCUCGUCGACUACAGUAUCUGCAAGACGAGCGGCGGCAGCAGCACGGCGACAGGAAUUGAACACGCCAAAGAUGCAUUACAAACGACCGACACUUCUCUCCCGUGCUGGCGUGAUUCGGACCGCUCGACGUGCUUGGGUAGGUUAUGCCGCGCCACCUCGCCGGCCUCGGGCCAGUAGUACAGAUAACGAAAUUCGUCUUUCUGCGCGCUUUGGUGUUUCAACUGGCGCAAAUGCGAAUGAGGGGCGGGGUGGAGGAGGUCGCCGCCAGGGUCAGCGUGACAGACCACUUCUGCCCGUUAGCGACGACCCCUACGAUUCCAGACCCGCAGAGGAAGACGUUCUGGAUCUGGACAUCGAGAAUCCAACUUGUUGCGAGUAUGCCACGUUCCAUAUCAUACGUCUAAUCAUAAAAACGAUCAAGAAUCCACAACUCAUCGUGCUUGCACUUCUCGUGUGGGGUGUCAUGAGCCAGCUUGGGGCUAACCCGCACUACCGGGAGCGCGACUGCUUGACACAUCUCGUAGAUGGUCUUGUGGAAGCGGGAGCGGCGCAAGAAUUGAACCCACACGCCGCCACCUACGCCUCAAUCAUGCCCAACUGGAGAACCUUUCCAACAGCGAUGACAGCCGCAAGAGAAGCUAUCGCCGACAGCUCCACCACUCCGUCUCCGUACAGAAACGUACCUCCUCUAGCUUGGCUAGAUUUUCAUCGACGUUGAAUUUUGAUUUAAUCAAUGGGUUGUAAGCUAAGCCUUCCCUUACAAGGCCUAUCAGAUCAUUUCUUGCAGUGUCACCCGACGCUGAGGUACCUAUGAAGCCCAUGCAACUAGACUCAACUCGGUAAAGGACAACUCGGAAGCGAGGCAUAUGAAAUUUUUCUCUUGUUGAGUAUGUAAUGAGGCCUAUGAAACUUUUCUCUUGGUGAGUAUGUAAUAUCAACAUCCUUUUCUUGUGUCCAUUUCCUUUCUUCAUGUUCUCCAUUACACAGGUGUGGCCACCACAGCCGCCUUCAUCGCCGUUGGGUGUGACAAAAUGGGGUGGAGUUAGUCUAGAAGACGCGGACUUCGAAGACGCCGAGCAUCUCGAAGAUGCUUACGCAUCUUGGAUUAUAGAAAAGAUGCAUGUGGUCAUCUACCACGCUAAUCACGGGCAUAGCAAAACCGAGUUUCCCCAAAUGGCAAAUGAUCUGACAAGAAUUGAGGACUUACCGGAGAACAAAGUGUGGCAGGAGCUUGUGGGAAAGAAAAUGCCAUACGUAUCGCAGGGCAAUUCUAAGGUUCAGCUUCAUCUUCCAUGUUUCAUUGGGAAAGCCAGCAAAGGCUGUCUUAUUUCUUUUUAGAAUUCGUUAUCGUUGAGGUUGAGGAAAUGGUAAUGGAAAUCCGAAAAUGAGAAUUAAAGGCGAGUCCGAGUGUUACGAAUGAACAAUUAUGUAGUUAUCGCGUUUCAUGACGUGGUGCAGCUGAUGCUGUCUUCUAAUACUCUGUUUCUUUUUAUAGAGCAACUGCGCGUGGAGCUGGAGAAAGCAGAUGGCGAUGAAGCGCGGAAGGCAGUGCUGCAAAAAUCGCCUCUCUACAAGAGGCAAGAUGACGAGGGGAGCAUAGUCGACGCUGUCGGAACAAGAGAUAGCAGGAUCGAAAAAAUUACCGGGGAGAUUGAAGAUAUGACAUUGCAAACAUCAUCAGCGAGUGCAUCAGUUGCUGACCGGGAAACAUUGAUGCUUGCGCAAAUUCCUUCGGAGGGGGUCAAUUACAACGAAAUGUUUGGAAACGAAGUAUCGACAACCGAAAAUAGUCAACACGAAGCCAGCGGUAGAGUUAGUAGUAUUUAUUCUCCCUCCUCGUCAUGGUCAUCCUCAUCUGCUUCGCCAUCUUUUGGUAGUCGUGAACAUCCACCUGGUACCCCUAUCGGCGAGGGGGUGGAACAAUUUUACCGUCGUCGACGUCUCAAGGCUGACGUUGCUACUAGUGACAGCGGAACUUCUAGUAGGUGGCUAAACGAAAAACCUGGAUUUUUAGCGAAGUCUUCUAGGACCGAAACAGCGACAGGGCAAAAACAAAAGCAGCAACCCGCACAGAAGGAAGUGCUAGCACAUGUUGACGAGUCGACGGACCUCGUCGAUGAGGCACUGCAAGUCAAUGGAAGAAGACAUGAUGUUUUCGAAGGACUUUAUGCUAUGAUAUGGAAGCUGCCCCGGUUGCGACGUGAAGCCAUGCGGCGAUGCCCGGCGCCUGGGUCGGUCCCAACUAGCACAGGACGCGAAACCGAGAUUAUCGCUGACUCACGAAAUUGGGGCCUCAACGCGAGGAACGUGGAGCAUUAUGCCCACAAAGUCCUCGCUGGGUGGGAAUCCUCGAAUGCGAAAAGCGCUUACGAUGCAUUGCCAUUCCUGUUGCGGAAGGCAAGGGGAUCCGACUGAGUUCAUCUUCUUGUUCUUUUCACUAAGCACGAAAAAGUAUAAUGCGUAGCUCGGCGAGAAAAGAAGGCGAGUAUGCGGGAAUUCUUGAACUUCCAAUCCGCCUUGCUUACAAUUAAGUACUUUCUUAGACUUUGACUUACUCUUACAUCAAUUUCGAGAAGACAGUCCUGUAAUCUGUAAAAUGUAAAAGCAAACAAGAAAGUAUCCGUACCAGCUCCACAUUUUUUGAGAACAAAGUCCCAUCAUGUUAUAAAUGCAAAGAGUGAUUCUGUCGUUUGUAAAGCUGAGAGUUAGGUACCAGUUCCAUCUGCAACUCCAGAUCAACCUUACCGUUUUUACCUUCACCAAUGCGUUCUUAUAGUUAUUAUAUUAUACUAGAGGUCCUCCUUGUUCAUCUUCUCCUUCAACAUCUCCACCUUGCAGUUUGCUGGCAAUUUAUGAGCUCUACUCUUGUCAUCCUCCUUAGAAUAACAAGAUCAAGCUCGGCUAUCCGAAUUUUGUCAAAAGAUGUGAGCACCAGCACAGGCUAUUUCGUAUUAUGAUUGAAUCUACGAGAUGACGAGGACGACGUUCGUCUUCGCGUUUGGGUUUGGGCGAAAACUCGACACGAAUUACUUACAUUUGACGACCGCCUCUGC